UCGCCCGUUCGCGAGCUUCCUUUUCAGGAGUUGUAGUUUUUCUUAGCAGAACUAACGUUAGCUUCCAGUUGUGAGCCUCGUCAGGCCAAAGGAGUUGGCUAACUGGUUUUUUCGGAGCUGUAGAAAACAUCGCAGUUUCCUGUUGUCGUUCAAGCAGAGCCUAGCUUCCGACMAGAUCAUGGCAGAUUUCUCGCUGUCAGAUGCUUUAGGAGAUGACACGUCGAGCCAGGCUAAGAAAAUAGGCCACACUAACCCUACGGCCCCUGCCAGCAAUCACCCUGCCGCUCCGAACCCRGGAUGGCCCGGUUCUGCCCCAGGAGCUCCCACCCAGCCCUCUGCUCCGGCUGACUUCAGCGGUGGAUUGUCUGGCCCAGGAGCCCCGGGGCCGUUCCAGUACCCCUCUGGUCCUGGAGCGCCGGGGCAGUACCCGGGACCUCCCUCAGCACCCGGCGGCUUCCCUGCUGGUCCCGGAGUACCUGGACAGUAUCCCGCACCGGGAGCUCCGGGUCAGUUUCCCUCCAGCCCCGGGGCACCUGGACAGUUCCCCGGGCAGUAUCCGUCUGAAGGAACUCCUGGACAGCUGCCCGGGGCCCCCGCUCCUUACCCAUCAGGGCCGUUUCCUUCUGGCCCCGGCGCUCCGGCUGGCCCUUACCCGAACGUGCCUUUCCCUGGUGGCCAGCCAGCAGGAGGCAACGGGAUGUACGGACCCGGGGGCCAAGGUGGAUUUCCCCCUCCGGCCGGUCCAGGAUCUUUCCCAGCGUUCCCCGGAGGCGGAUUCCCCCCGAUACCACCCGGGUCGUGGGGAUCACCCGGAGGAGGUUUCCCGACCCCGCCUGCUCAGUUUGGCCCCGGGCCCAUGGGUCCGUACGGCGGUCCUGCUGGUCCAGGAGGCACAUUGAUUGUGCCGUACGAUCUCCCACUCCACGCUGGGAUCAUGCCGCGCCUUUUGGUCACGGUGAUUGGAGAGCCAGUUCCCGGGGCAGACAGGUUCCAGGUUGACUUCCUUAAAGGUCCGGAUGUCGUCUUUCACUUCAACCCUCGCUUCAGCGAGCAGACCAUCGUCCGAAACUCCAACCUAGGAGGUUACUGGGGCCCGGAGGAGCGAGAGGGGCCCUUCCCCUUCGUCCAGGGGCGCCGUUUUGAGGUAAGCUCUUUAUUAACACCAUUACAAUUUAAUGAAUGUAUAAAAAAAAAUAAUACAAUAAAUAUUUAUUUAUUUUAUGUCUUACUGUAAUCUGGUAAAAGUGUCGAUUUACUGUGCAGAAAUACGAGGCAGUAAUUACAAAACUACACUACAGGCGUUAACAAUACCACAAAAAAAAGAGCAAUAAGAAUAAUCCAAAAGUUGGGAUAUUAAAACAGAAAACACCAACAGAUAUUUGUAAAAUUUAAAUUGUUUAAGUUCAUCGACAUAGUAAAACUACACAUGGCUCCGAUUUUUUUUUUUGCAAAGCCAAAAAUAAACAAACACCAGAAAACAUUAGAAAAAUGUUUAAGAUGAAGAAGCAAAUAUACAAGUCAUGGGAAGAAUCACAGUUUAAAAUUAAAUUCAUAACUAGAAAAUMCUUUUGUGCAACGAUCAGCGGAGUCGAACUGUGGAGUCAUUUGGAAAUCAACAACAUCCAAACAAAACUUUUCAAAUUAUCAUACAAACAUUUGAUUAUUGCUGGGAGAUUUUAAGAAAUAAUGAUUGUUUUU